AUGAUUUAUCAGGAACAAGUUACUGGACUCAGAGCUGGUGGUGCAUCUAGCUCGGAGAUACAGCCCUCUGAAGACAUGUUGCAAACUGCAAAUUACCAUUGGAAUGACGCAAAAGAGGCUGCAAUUGAAAGUGAGACCUUAGUGAUGAAGAUAGAUCUCGACAUCAAUGAGCCGUCGAAUAGAGGAGAAUGGUUGAGUGGUCAAGCUUCUGAUAUAGAAAGUAAGAAUAGGAAAGGUGAUGCAGAAGAAGAAGAUGAAGACGAAGAAGAGGAAGAGGAGGAGGAAGAGGAGGAAGAAGAAGAGGAGGAAGAAGAAGAAGAAGAGGAAGGAGAAGAGGAAGAAGAUGAGGAGGAGGAGCAAGAGGAAGAAGAAGAAGAGGAGGAAGGGGAGGAAGUGGAGGCUGGGACAGCUAUUGAGGAGGAGGAUGAAGAGGAGGACGAAGAGGAUGAAGAGGAGGAGGAAGAAGAGGAAGAGGAGGAAGUAGAAGCUGAUGUGAAUCUGACGGCUUCCAAUGAAAAUAAUUCUAGUCUUCCUUGUUGGAAUGUGAUAAGCAAGCGAAAGAGACGGGAACGGAAUGCUGCCAACAAGCUUCCUCUUGACUACGAAAGAACUCCCGAAUAUUGCCCAGAAUCUGGGUUCACCUGCCUAUCCUCUCUGGCAGAGACUGACCAGCACAACAGCAAAGAAGAAAAAGUAAGCAUCAAAAACAGUCCGGAAGUCACUUCCUCUAGUCCGUCAACCAUGACCAGUUUUGCUGAAACCUAUUCUUUAUGUCCUCUUCAUGACACUGAUCGACCUGUAUCAGAUGACUUGAUUUCGUCUCCAGAUUUGAAGGUAGUCAGGUCGCAUGACAGUCUCGGCGAGGAAGGCACAGAAAAGAUCCGCCCAUCGGAUAGACGAGAAGAGAUAGAAGAAAAUAAGUCUCUGGCCUAUGAAAGUGACUGUACUGACGAUGCAUAUAAGAAGGGAUCGUGUGAUGACAAACCCACUGGCUGUCUGAGCGGCCAUACCGAAGCCGGCCCUUCUCCAACAAUCGAGGUAUCUGGCCAAAAGCUCUGGCUUGGAGCAGAGGAGACAGGUGCUGAUAAAGAGGUACUCCAAGAGGAGGGGUUCAUUAAUUUGACUGAAAUUGAGGGCGAUGAUGCAGAAUUGGAUGGUGCCAAUGGGUCAACCAAUUCAACAGACGACCUCAGCGACUUGGGCGAAACAAGCGACCUUCAGGAGAGUGAAAGCCACGAUGAGUCGACGAGAACACCGUCGGGUAAGUCAAGGACCAGCAAUUUUGACAUUUCUUUCCUGGAUCCCUUUAAAGCUGACAGUCUCUUGUGA